AUGGGUACCGGUAAGAAAGAAGCGGCCAGAAAGGUCAAGCAAGGGAAAGUAGGAGAUGGUAUGGCCAAUGUUAAGACCAAGGGCGAGAAUUUCUAUCGCACAGCAAAGCAAGCCAAGACCUUGAAUAUGUUUAAUGAAGGCAAAGCUCGUCACAAUGCCGCAGGAAAAGUUACUCAAGCCGCUACCUUCCAAAGCAGAGAAACAAAACCCGCACGAAUCGAGCCCAACAGAAAAUGGUUUACGAAUUCGAGAGUCAUUGGUCAAGAUGCCUUGACCUCAUUUAGAGAAGCUAUGGCUGAACGAGCGAGUGAUCCUUACUCGGUAUUGCUAAAGACUAAUAAAUUGCCAAUGUCACUAAUCCGCGACGGACAAGGAAAAAAUGGAUUGAAGCAGCAUCAAGCCAAGAUGGCAGUCGAGGCGUCUCCGUUCAGUGAUACCUUCGGUCCCAAAGCACAACGAAAGAGAGUAAAGCUCGGUGUCAGUUCGUUGGAAGAUCUUGCCGACGAUAGUGUUAAGAGCCACGAUACAUACCUGGAUCGACUCGAACAAGCAAAGCUUCUGAGUGGAACUUCAAACGAUCCCGAAGCUGUUGGUGAAGCUGCUGCUAUUGAUGAUGGCCACAUCACCAGUGCUCGAGAGGCAAUUUUCAGCAAGGGUCAAAGCAAACGCAUAUGGAAUGAGCUUUACAAAGUUAUCGAUUCAUCAGAUGUGAUCAUACAUGUUUUAGAUGCUAGAGAUCCUCUAGGAACUCGUUGUCGGACUGUGGAAAAGUACAUCAAGGACGAAGCACCCCAUAAGCACUUGAUAUUCGUACUCAACAAGUGCGACCUUGUACCUACUGGAGUUGCUGCCGCUUGGGUGCGAUCGCUCUCCAAAGAUUAUCCAACUCUUGCAUUUCACGCCUCGAUAACAAAUUCCUUCGGAAAAGGAUCCCUCAUCCAACUCCUCCGUCAAUUCUCUUCCCUACAUGCCGACCGCAAACAAAUAUCAGUUGGCUUCAUUGGAUAUCCAAACACUGGCAAAUCAUCAAUCAUUAACACGUUGAGGAAGAAAAAGGUCUGCACAGUUGCUCCAAUACCGGGUGAAACAAAAGUUUGGCAGUACAUUACUCUCAUGAAACGUAUUUAUCUCAUUGAUUGUCCUGGAGUAGUUCCUCCCAGUACUACUGAUACACCCCAAGAUAUUCUACUACGAGGUGUAGUCAGAGUUGAGAAUGUUGAACAUCCAGAACAAUAUAUUCCCGCAGUUUUGAGUAAAACUAAACCCCAACACAUUGAAAGAACAUAUGCUCUCAAGGGAUACAAAAACCACAUCGAAUUCUUAGAGCUUCUUGCACGAAAGGGAGGAAGACUGUUACAUGGAGGCGAGCCCGAUGUUGACGGCGUGGCAAAGAUGGUCCUCAAUGACUUCUUGAGGGGCAAAAUUCCAUGGUUUACUCCACCUCCAAAGCUCGAAGGUCCAGAAGAAACCGGAGUAGAAGGACGGGAAGGUAGAUUGGGCGAAAUGCCACGGAAGAGAAAGCGUGAUGAAGCUGGAGAAUCAGUAGCUGACACAUCUAUUGGAGAUAUCGCUUCGAUGGCCGAAGCCGACAAUGGAGAUGACUCAUUUGAAGGCUUUGACAGUGAUAAUGAAGAUGGUGGUGCCGCGCUGAAUGAUGUCGCUGAUGCUGAAACAAUUGAUAAGGCUUUUGGCAUAGAGUCUGACGAGGAAAGCGAAGCUGGUGAUGCUGACGAACCUGCCGGGGAAGAAGAUGAAGCUGAAGCUGUCAAUGAGCAACUUCGUAAACAACUUUCAAAAGAUUCGAAUCCCCCUAGGCGGAAACAGCCAUCUAGGAAGAAAGGCCAAAAGACUUAAAAGCUUAUGUACUUAAAUAGAAUAUAUUAAUGUUAAUGCCAAUGAUACCCCC